AUGGGCUAUUUGAUGGUAUUGUAUUAUUGUGUGGCUGCUAUCUCAUCAGUAUCAUUUAUCUAUUCGCUUUACCUUAUUUUAAAAGUGGCCACACCACAAAUGCUACCGUACACUCGCUUCCAACUCUUCAUACAGAUAUGCACUUUCAUGGAAACAAUUCACUGGACAUUGUUGGCGGCUCCGGUGCCGUUAUUGCCCAUUUUUGGUUUUAGAUUUGGUGGAAUCUUAGGCGCACCUCCGCAAUUUAUAAUAAUCGGACUAGCGCUUCAUAUUGACGACGAUAUUGUAAUGGGUGGUGGUCCCAUGGCGUAUCCCUGGCUUGCUACAUUAGCAACUGCGGUGUCUUUAAUUUCUCUUGUUUUCACUUCCAUCAUCAAACACACGCUGGUUCUCCUCAACGAUGAUUCGAAAUUCGACCGAUCGGCAAAGAAUGAACAUCGCAAUGCUUUGCUUGGUCUCAUCAUCCAGGCUAUCGCUGUGUGGUCAACCACAGUAGUACCGGUGAUCAUGCUCUGUCAUGCAAUAUAUUUUCCUCCAAGCUCGUUGAUUUUUCCGUCUAACUAUGCGUCAUGCGCGGCGCUCAUAUUUUCUCUCAAAUCUUUCAACGUAACAUUUUCGAUGAUUUAUACUACGAAAGCCUAUAGAAGCCACUUCAGAAGUAUCACGAGUAACAGAUCGCACCGAGUUAAAAGGAUCGUUCCUACAAGCAAACCCUAG